UGCAUCCUGCCUUCCCUCCUGACUGUCCUUCCAGAGGAACCACCUCUCUGCGGGUCUCCCAUGAAGAUGUGGACUCCCUUCCUCCUGAGCUGCCUGCUCUACACCCUGAGGAUAGUGGCACAACCGAGGUACCUGAUCAUUGUUCCAGCUGCACUGCCCUACCCCUCUUCCCAGAGGGUGUGCUUGGACCUCCGUGGAGUGGAGAAGCCUAUUCGUGUGGCCUUAACUCUUGUGCACCCAUCUGGCAACCUCAGCCUCUACCGCAAGGUUGUCCGGAACAACUGGAUCUUUGAGUGCUCCAGAUUUCAGGUCCCCCAGCCUGCAGGCAACCAGGAGGUGGGCACUGUCCAUCUGCGCAUCUCCAAUGGCCACUACUUCAGUGUAAAUGAAGAGAAGCAAGUCCUGAUCCAUAGAGCUGGCACAGGCACCUUCAUCCAGAUGGAUAAAGCUGUCUAUAACCCAGGACAGACAGUGAAAUUCCGGAUCGUGACGCUGACCCAAGACUUUUCUCCUGUUAACAAGAAGUACUCCGUGGUGGAAGUCCAGGACCCAAACCACAAUCGGAUUGGCCAGUGGCUGGAUGUGAGACCAAAACAGGGCAUUGCAGAUCUCUCUUUCCAGUUAGCUGAUGAAGUCUCUCUGGGGACCUACACCAUCAGUGUGGUGAACUCGAAAGUGUCCAGUACCUUUAAGGUGGAGAAAAGGGUGUUGCAAAAGUUUGAUGUUUUCUUCGAGGGACCAGCUCAGAUUUAUGCUACAGAUAGAACUUUCCCACUGCGUGUGUGUGGCAGGUACACCUACGGGAAAGCAGUGCAAGGGACCAUGAGGGUCAGUUUGUGCCAGAAGGCAAGGAGGCGUCUUCAAAAUUCCAGCAAGGACAUCUGUAGGGAAUACAGCGGUCCGACUGCGAGCAAGGGGUGCUUCAUGCCUUCUGUAAGCACGUCAGUCUUCAAUCUGGCUCCUGGUGAGGAAGACGGCAAGCUCUACGCAGAAGCCUCUCUCACGGAGACAGGCACAGGGGUGCAGAUCAACACCUCCAGCCAAAUCCUCAUCUCCAGGACAGCUGCAAGGGCAGUGUUUGAGACACCAAAUGCAUAUUACAUCCCUGGAGUACCCUAUAAAGGGAAGAUAAAGCUUCAGGAUCACUAUGGAAAUAGUAUGAAAAACAGAAAAGUUUAUCUUGUGAUAAAGUUCAUGAGGCGUCGGUUUAUCAAAACGUACAUCACAGAUGGAAGUGGAACAGCAUCAUUCAACCUAGACACAACUGCUUGGAACAGCUCAUCAGUCUCUUUGGAGGGAAGGUUCACACUAGAGGAUCUCUCACACAUGCCUCGAAAAACAGACGUCAGUUACACAAACGCUUUCCAUCACCUGCAGCCCUUCCAUGUCACAACCAAGAGCUUCCUGGACAUACACCCACUCACAGAAACCCUGCCCUGUGAGCUGAAGCAGAAUGUCCAGGUGACCUUCACGCUUAGCCGGGAUGACCUGGGUGAAAACACCAGCCGCAUAGGUUUUGUAUACUAUGUCACUGGGAAGGCUGGAAUUGUUGUCAGGGGCCAGAGGACUGUCCAGGUUGGGAAGCUGAAUAUGUUGAAGGGCUCCUUCUCCAUCCCUUUGACCUUCACUGAAGACUUCACCCCAUCACCUUCCUUAGUGGUGUAUGCUAUCUUCCCCAAUGGAGGGGUAACAGCCGACAGCAUCCGUUUUGAUGUUGCCUUGUGCUUUGAAAACAAGGUCCAGGUGGGUUUCACAGCUAAAGAAGCCUACCCAGGGUCAACAGUGCAGCUCCAGCUGCAGGCAGCCCCCGGCUCCCUGUGUGCAGUACAGGCAGUGGAUGAAAACAUGUUCCUUGUGAGACCAGAGAGCGAGCUGACAAGCCAAAUGGUCUAUGGUUUGUUCCCUACUGCCUACCGACAUGGAUACCCUGCCCAAGUAGAAGAGUAUUCAGAUCGCUGUGUUCAGCCCCAAUCCGCAACAUCUCUGCUAGGGGGGAAGACACAGCAUUCCUUUCAGCCUGACAUCUUUAACCUCUUCCGGAACAUGGGGCUGAAGAUCUUUUCAAACCUUGUAGUCAAGAAGCCGCCUCAGUGCUUUCACCAGGCAGAUAAGAAGCCAGCCAUGGGGGGACUUCCUACAGAAGACCAAAGAAUCACUAAGGAACAACCCCAAUUUACAGCCCAUGGAAGACUUCACCACUAUUUCCCUGAAACUUGGAUCUGGAAUCUGUUCUCUGUUGGCUCCAAUGGCAGCAGGAGUGUCCUGGUCACAGCACCUGCUGCUGCUGCAGCAUGGAAAGUCAAAACAUUCUGCUUGUCUGGGAGGGGAUUUGGCCUUGCCCCGACCACGAGCCUCAGAACAGUCCAGUCCUUCUUUGUGGAUGUGCCACUGCCAUAUUCCGUCAUCCGAGGAGAGACCUUUGUGCUGAAAGCUACCGUCUUCCACUACCUACAGCAGUGCAUGCAGAUCAGUGUGGCCCUGGCUAAAUCCUCAGACUUCCAGGUAGAGCCGUGCCGGACCUGCAGGGAUAAGGAGUGUCUGUGCGCAGAGGAGUCCAAGACCUUCUUGUGGAAUGUGACAGCAGUGCAGCUGGGGACUUUGAAUAUCACAGUGAGGAUAGAGGUACUGGACACCACGCCACGCUGUGGGGGCAAGAAGCCCUUGCCAUCUACCCUGAAGCGGAGGCAUACACUGGUCAAACACUUGCUGGUCCGGCCAGAAGGUGUGUUAGUGGAGAAGUCUUUCAGCUCCCUUCUGUGCCCAAGAGGAGGAAACAUGGCUGAAGAACCGGUGUCCCUUCACCUCCCUGAAAAUGUAGUAAAGGGAUCUACCAGGGCUUUGAUUUCCAUCUCAGGUGACCUCAUGGGGAUGGCACUGCAGAACAUGGACCACCUGGUGCAGUUGCCCCACGGCUGUGGGGAGCAGAACAUGGUGCUGUUUGCCCCCAUUGUCUAUGUGCUGCAGUACCUGGAGAAGACGAGGCAGCUGACCCUUGAGAUCAAGGAGAGGGCGACAGGAUUCCUGCGCAAUGGGUACCAGAUGCAGCUUCUUUAUAGGCACAGAGAUGGGUCCUACAGUAUCUUUGGACAGCAGGAUGGGGAAGGGAGCACUUGGUUGACAGCUUUUGUGGUCAAGAGUUUCAGCCAAGCCAGAAAAUACAUCUAUGUAGAUGACAGGAAUGUCCAGGAUGCCAUACGCUGGCUAGAGAAAAAACAGCUUCCCAGUGGCUGCUUUGCCACCAAAGGGAGCCUCUUUCACUCCUUCCUAAAGGGCAGCGUGGAUGAUGAGAUUUCCCUCGGGGCAUAUGUCGCUGCAGCACUGCUGGAGCUGGGUCAGCCACUGAAGGGCAAGCUGAUGCAGGCUACCCUCCGCUGCCUGCAGCAGGCAGUUCAUAACAUCACCGACAUCUACACGGAAGCCCUGCUGGCUUAUGCCUUUGCCCUGGCUGGGGACUAUGAGACAACGCAGGAGCUGCUGUACAAGCUGGAGGAGCAGGCCAUCAAAUCAGGAGGACAAAUCCACUGGAGUCCCAAGCCAAGCUCUCCAGCUUCCACAGAAUUCUGGCCUGGUACUCAGUCAGUGGACACAGAGUUGACAGCCUAUGUGCUCCUGGCGUACCUCUCUAAGCCAAGGGUGCAUGCAGGGGACAUGACAAUUGCAGCUGGUGCUGUGGCAUGGCUGACCAGUCAGCAGAAUGCCUACGGGGGCUUUGCCUCCACCCAGGACACAGUUGUUGCCUUGCAAGCCUUAGCAAAAUAUGCAGCAAGAACAUUCAGCACAUCAGGACAGGCACUUGUGAGGGUGAAGUCUCAGAGGGGCUUUGGGAAGACUUUCCAAGUCAACCGCCAGAAGAGGCUGCUGGUGCAGCAGGCAGCACUGGCAGAGGUCCCGGGUCAGUUCUUGGUGCAGGUCCACGGCAGUAGCUGUGUCUUUGCUCAGACAGUGCUGAGGUACCACGAGCCUCCCCCACGGGCUGCUGUGACCUUCACUCUGCGUGUCAACACGGAGCUGACCAACUGCAGCCAGGCCAGUGCGCAUGUCCUCACCAUCCGCAUCCUUACCAGCUACAUUGGGAGCAGGGUCACACCCAACAUGGUGAUCCUGGAGGUCUCCCUGCUGUCUGGAUUCAUCCUGGCUCCUAGAUCCAGAAUGCUGCUGGAGCGCAGAACCAUUGUUAAGAAAAUAGAAGUGAAAGCUGAUGUGGUCUACAUUUAUCUGGACAAGCUGAACGAUGAAUCUCAGACUUUCAUUCUGCAACUGGAACAAGUAAUUCAGAUGAAGAACCUGAAAAAAGCCAUCAUCAAAGUCUACGAUUACUACCAGCCAGAGGAGCAAGCCUUGGCUGACUACGGUGCUGUCUGUAGUUGAGGAAUGAUCACAGUUCUGCAUGCAGUCCUUCAUGAUGGACACCCAACGCUAUUCCCAUCCCAGCUGGGCAGAAACUCAUGAUCUCACCUCUUCCAGCGAACCUGCCACGGGGCUGUAUCCUGACAGCAGCUCCA